UUCAGAGUUCUUCACUCCGCAGAGUAGAGAGAACGAAGAGCUUUCUGGUUUUCUUCCUCCUCUUGGUUUUGUUAGUGUGUAGAGUACAGUGACAGUAGAAUUGGCAGCUGGUCGGUGUAGCUGAGAAAAGUUGUUUACCUCUACAACUGAAACUGUGUUCGUGAAAUAAGAUCGGCCGCUCUGAGCACAAUGUUACGGCGGAGACCGUCAAAUGCCUCCGAGAAGGAGCAGGGCCAGGUGCAGAAGAAGAAGUUGACACUGCAGAGGUCCAGCAGCUUUAAAGACUUCAUGAAGUCCAAGCCAUCUUCACCGGUGGUGAAUCCUGAGCUCACCCUGGAAGAGUCGCUGCCAGAGGCUGAAGUUCAAGAGAACUCUGAAAAACAAAAUGGGAAGCUGGGGAAGAAAUGGAGGAACGUCAUCACUCGCACCAUGACCCGGAAGACAUCUAAGAUGGUACAGAAAGUUCUUGCAGAGGAAGGGAUUGAGAGUGGAGAGGAUAGCUCAGUUUCUCCUAUAUCUCCUAAUGACUGGGCUCCAGACCUGAGUGCUGGGAACCGGAUAUCUGUGUGUUCCAACAGCUCAGAAGACACCAUACACUCUCCCCUGUGUCGUCAAAUCUCUGGAUGUGGAGACAGGCAAAGUCUGGACAGUGGCUUUAGUCAGAGGGACAAUGUGGACAAUUAUAAUGGCCCAUUUUGUGGCAGGGCUCGUGUGCACACGGACUUCACCCCCAGUCCUUACGACAUUGACUCCCUCAAACUGCAGAAAGGUGAUAUCAUACAGAUAAUCGAGAAGCCACCGGUAGGCACCUGGACUGGUAAGCUCAACAACAAAGUGGGCUCCUUCAAGUUCAUAUAUGUCACCAUUAUCCCAGAGGAGGACACACCACCCAGAAGGAAGCGAUGCCAUAGCCAUGGACGUCGCAAUAAACCCAAACCAAAAACGCUGGAGGAAGUUUUGGAUAGGAUUGGCCUAAAAGACCUUGAAUCUCUUCUCUCCAUGCAUGGUUUCCAAAGUUUGGAGGACUUUAGUGGACUGAAGGAAUCCCAUCUGAAUGAGCUGAACAUCACAGAUCCUGAGCAGCGAACCAAGAUACUGACAGCAGCCGAACUGCUUCACGAUUCUGAGGAAGAGUCUGAGGAUGAAGAAAAGGAGAAAGCUGAGGAGAAGGUUGAUAUGCCACGGGACUCAGGUUGCUAUGAGAGCACAGAAAACCUGGCGAAUGGCCGUGAGGAGCCUGGCGCAGAUAAAGAUGUAGAAACAGACACACAGCUUGAAGCAGUUCAGGAGAAUCUGCAAGAGCUGACUGUGGAGGAGGCAGAGUCCUGAGAGCAUUGAAUCAACACUGGAAAAACUCUACUGCUGUGCUUCAGGGACAUCAUUUCCUUCACGGGUGGCGCAGAAAUGUUUGUAGCAGCCCGACUCCCACGACAAACCUACUUCAGAUGUAAUGUCAUGAAUUCUGAAUUGCAGUGAACACGAAUUUAGAUUUCUAUUGGAAGUAGCAGCGAGGUUUUAUAAUAACACCACACUGAAUGGACCGUGGCCAUUUUGUUUUUUAUCAUUCUGAGAACAUUUCAGAAUAUUUAAAUACCUUUUACAUUAAUAUACUGUUAACAGAAGAAAAAUGGACAAUUAUACUUUGCCCUGUGUUUGAGGUCAUAAAUGGUGCUAUAUAGUAAAAUUGGAUUACUAUAUAGUACUACAUAAUAAUAAUAAAUGAUAUUUAAUAUUAUAUAUAAUUAUAUAUAAUAAAAUAUUUCUUCGUUGUAACUACUCAGUGUAAUAUUUUUAAAAAUGCUUUCCUUAUGAAUGUACAAUGCAGUAUGUCAAGUGUUGUUAUAUUUACAAUAUUUCAUUUUUUACUUAUGUACAACCUGUGACGCACUGUGACUGAACGUAUGCUGGCUGUAGUUAUGCUUUGUGACUGACUUUCUUCUAUACAUGUUCAAGUACCACCAUGCAUUGAUGUAAGUACUUUUUCUAGAGUUUUGUCAUUUUUACUGAAGAUGUUAUGUUUCUGUCAUAUUUGUGUCAUGUGAUGUUUUCUGUGUUUCCUUUUCAAAGAUUUUGCAAACAACAGUAAAAAGUUUACUCAAA